AUGUCGACGAUGCCCGCGAGCCACGGCCACAAUGCCGCCUGCUGCAACAUUCCCCCCGUCGUCUCGACCGGUUACCAGGCCAAGGGGACUUAUAAAGAAUACGGCGACUUGAAGACCUACACCACCGGCCCCUCUGACGCCUCCAAGGGCAUCGUGAUCAUCUACGACAUCUUCGGCUACUUUGACCAAACCGUCCAGGGCGUCGAUAUCCUCGCCACGAGCUCCGACACAAAGUACCAGGUCUUUAUCCCGGACUGGUUCAAGGGCGAGCCGUGCCCCAUUGAGUGGUACCCGCCCAACACCGAAGAGAAGCAAAAGAACCUGGGCGCGUUCUUUGGAAAGCACUCGCCUCCGAGUGUGGCUCAGGCCUUGCCGGGUUAUGUCGACUCUCUCAAGGCCAAACACCCCGAGAUCAAGUCCUGGGGCGUUCUCGGCGUAAUCGUCAGCCUCACCACCUCCGCCGCAACCAACCCCUUCUCCAUCGCAGCCUCCUGCCACCCAGCCAUGGUCGACCCGUCCGAGGCCCCCGGGAUCAAGGUUCCACUGGUGCUGUUGGCGUCCAAGGAGGAGCCGGCGGAUAAGGUGCAGGCGUUUGAGGCGGCACUGACCAAUGCGGGGGCGAAACAUGUUGAGACGUUUGGGGAUCAGAUCCAUGGGUGGAUGGCGGCGAGGGCGGAUUUGAAGGAUGAGAGGGUCAAGGAGGAGUAUACGAGGGGGUAUAGGACGGUGUUGGACUUUUUUGGGAAGAAUUGGGCGUGA